UGUCCACUUUAUUUUAACAGGAAUAGGUUAUAUAACUACCAUUUAUAUCACCAUGCAUAAGUUGAAGCCAUCUCAGAGGGAAAAAGUUCGACAUUUUAUGACUUUUACCCAGGCCUCAGAAAAAACUGCCAUUUAUUGUUUGUCACACCACGAUUGGAGGUUAGAUGUUGCUUCUGACAACUAUUUUACUGAACCUGAACUUUACUGGAGAGAGAGUAAACCCACUGUUGACAGGCGAAGGAUUGAAGCAUUGUAUAAUAGGCUUCGUGAUCCACAAGAUCCUGAUAAGAUAGGUGUGGAAGGAAUAACUAAAUUUUUAGAAGAACUUCAACUUGAUCCUACAAGUCGUUUGGUGCUUAUUAUUGCAUGGAAAUUCAAGGCAGCUGUGCAAUGUGAAUUCACAAGAGCUGAAUUUAUAAAUGGAAUGAUUGAAUUAUCAGUCGAUGAUUUGGAAAAGCUAAGAUGGAUGUUGCCGAAUCUUGAAACAGAAAUUGCAGACAAAGCAAAAUUUAAAAGUUUAUAUCAAUAUACUUUCAAUUUUGCAAAAAAUCCUGAACAAAAGGGAUUGGACCUUGACAUGGCUAUUGCCUAUUGGAAUAUCCUUCUCGGUGACAGAUUCAAGUAUCUUGAUCUGUGGUGCCAGUAUCUAACAGAACAUUAUAAACGAGCCAUACCUAGAGACACCUGGAAUCUUCUUUUAGAAUUUAGUUUAAUGAUUUCUGACGAUAUGUCCAACUAUGAUGAGGAAGGUGCUUGGCCCGCACUUAUCGAUGAUUUUGUCGAAUGGGCGAGGCCGAUUGUUAAUAAUAAUGGUCAAAAUCAAGAAACUGUCAUGCAAACUGAUUCGUAAUUUUUUUUCUAAAUAAUGGUGUUGGUUAACUAGAUGUAAAAACUUCAUAGCCGAAUAGUUCAGUAUCCUAGAUAUCAAUUUUAAAUUUCAAUUGAGACUAUUGGAAAUCUCCAACUUGGCGUAUAUUUUGAAUUUCAUAUCAAAGUGUGAUUGGAAGAUUGGAUAUAAACAGCGGGAAAAAUUUUAUUUAUUAAUUUGUUCCAUUAUUUUAUAACUUUAAGUAAAGUGAAUAAAAGAUUCAAAAAUCACACAAAUACAGGUUAUGUAAAACUGUCCAUAUUAUGGAUAUCAAUUCCUUGCAUGAUGUAUGAGGUCUCACAUCUAACUGAACUCAUUCAGAUAAUCAAAAGUUUUGAUUGAAUGUACAAACAUUUACCUUAUCAAUAUCAUUUGUUUGCUGCAUGUACUAAUUUGGCUCGGUUUUCAAUAUUUUGGGGAUAAACGAGAGGUGUAUUGAUUUAUCAAUAUUAUCAAUAUCAGCCGUUUUGACAAUAUUGUUAUAGGGUCGUAAUCGGAAUAGAAAAUCACAUUUACUGCUUCUAAUUAUGUUUCCAUUUCUCUUAAACCAUAUAAUUUGGUGAUCUGGAAUUGCUGUUGGUCAAAAAUAUGACAUCUUCAUUGGAAACAAGAAAUUCAUUUUCUUUCGACAUUUAUAGAGACAAAGAUGACCAUCUUAAAAAGCUUUUAGUUGUUAUUGAGCCCAGAGAUUUUUCUCAGUGGAAAUGAUAAUUAGUUUAUCACUCAACACCUAGAAAAUUGUGUCAGUCGUUUUUCACCAACUUAAAAUUUUCACAGCUUAAUCAUUAUCAAUGGUGCGAACUUACAGUACUUUAUUCAACUUGACAAGUUAUGCACCUAAAAAUAUUAUCUUACGCGUAGUGUCACGCUGGAAUCCAGAGUGUUGUCUGAUUAACCUCGAUAUCGGAGGAUGUAUUCGAUGUAUUCACACGAUUUUUCAGGAAUGUUUUGCAUUCAGCCAUUUCAAUCUUGCUUUGUUCUUUCCAAAGACUGUUGGCCAUGAAUACAAUUUUAUUUCAUUCAUGAAUUUUGUUCAGAAUACGUUUUCUUCUACUUUCUCACAUUUAAUAUGGUGCAGUCAUUUCAUGUGCUGUGGAAUAAUAUUGACUACAGUAUUGUUUGUCAUUUUGGUGUUUUAUGUGACUUUGCCAUUAGUUCAGUUUUCUUCACUUGUAAUUAGCCAAAAAUCCAUGAGAAUUUACCCUUUAUUCUGGGAGCCAUAUAUUGUUAUAGUAUAUGUUUAUGCACCCAGUUGACCAUUGGUAAUAACAUCUGUUUUUUUUUCAAUUGCUAAUUAAUUUUGCAACAUUUCACUAAAACCACAAUAAGUUCAUUAACCCAAAAUCUAUAUUAAUGUUAUUACAAUUUUCUUGACAUUUGUGAUUUCCUAUCUAAAAUAAUUUUGCUUCGAGCUGUUGAAUGAAUCGAAUGUGUUUUUUUGAUUUGUUUUCUCAUUCAUUUUUCAUAUUUUAUUGUAUAUUAAUAAUAUUUGCGAAAAUAUAUAUAUCCUUUGAAAUGGUUCAUUUGGAUAACCGGUGCCUUGUUAUUCAGUCUUCACACUCAAUUGUGUUGGAUUUAUGGUUGAAAAAGUAAUAGCGUAUAAAAUCUCGUAUCAUACGGUUUUGAACAGUAUAUCUUUAACAUGAGAAUUUAAAGGUUUGGCCAGAAUUAAUGUAGUUUAAUAUUUUUCUAGAAUUUGGUAUACCUGAGGUGGGCUUGCGUUUAACUGUUUAGUGUGCAACCAACUGGGGUUGUCAAAUUACCAAACUCUAACACACUAUUCCAUCCAAUAUUAUCAGACCAAUGCACCAACUACCAGAUUGUUGCAUACUCAUAUCUAGGUAUUUUAACACAGUAACAUUUUAUAUUAGGGUUUUUCCCUUCUAGCAAUAUUUCCUGUUUAAGCCAGCUUUGAAUGUCCAACUGUUUGUUUUGGUUUGGGGAUGAAAUAAUAAAUAGUUUUGGUUCCCUUAAUUGUUUUGUUGCGUAUUUUUGAACAUCUAUCCAUUUAUGCUAUUUAGAAAUCAAUUAGCUGAUUGAAUACGUCAUUUUAUAUGGUUAUAUUGAUUAUAUUACUUAAUUCAGUAGUCUAUUAAUUUUUUUGAACUUUUUUUCUAUAUUGUGUUUAGAAAAUGUAGAAA